CGUUAUUGUGUACAUCAUGGCUGCCUCGACGGACGAAGCAAAGGAAAAUGCAGAUUCCUUAUUCAAUGAAAUUCAAAGAAAAGUCACAGAAGCUUUUGAUAUUUUUGACCAUGAAUCCAAUAAAACAGUGGAUGAGAGAGAAAUAGGAACAAUAGUCAGAUCAUUAGGAUGUUGUCCAACAGAAGGUGAAUUACAAGAUAUGUUACAUGAGAUUGAAGAAGAAGAAAACACAGGUUAUAUAAGAUUUGAGAGGUUUCUACCCUUGAUGACUAAAGUUUUAAUGGAAAGAAGAUAUAAGCCUGUACCAGAAGAUAUUAUGCUCAAGGCUUUCCAAGUAUUAGAUGCUGAAAGUAAAGGUUAUUUAACAAAAGAGGAAUUAGAAAAAUAUAUGACAGAAGAAGGUGAACCAUUUACACAAGAUGAAUUAGAAGAAAUGUUAUCUUCAGCUAUAGACCCUGAUAAAGGAACUAUUUUAUAUAAAGAUUAUGUAUCAGAAUUAACUGUUGAGGAGCAGUGAUAAACUCCAGGUUUUUAUCAAUUUUUAAUACGACUCUAAAUCAUUGUGUGGCAUCAGAUGGUUUAAAUUGACUUGUACAUUUACAACAUAUUUUAAGGAAACAUUUGGAUAGAUUGGACCUUCAAUAAGCCACUAAAUGAGCAAAGAUCCACUGAUUUAGGAUAUCAAUGUAAAGAUCACAGAUGUUGGCGGAAUUUCAGUCUUUAUUUAGAAGUUCUUUCAAAUUUAUUGUAUAUAAACUCAUAAAUUAUAUUUAUUAAACCAUAAAUUGAGAAUGUAAUUAUAAAAUAUAAUAAAAUAAAAAUGAGAUUUGGUUGAGUAUAGUAGGAAUCAUUGGUCCCAGUUUAGGUUAUUUUAGACUCAAGGUGGACUAAGUCUGUAACAUUGUAUAGGUAUCUUCUCAGUGGCGGCGCCAUUGGGGGUAUUUUAACCAAGCUUAGAAAAAUAAUUUUAAACUUUUUGAUCCAAAAUCAGAGUGAGAGGGCACCAAUUAAAUUCAAUUUUUCGAAAAUUUUCUAAAGAGAACUUUAUCAGAGGCUCCAUGAGAUGCUCGUGCUUCCAAAGAAUUGUUGCAUUUUAAUAUCAGCCUCGACAGUUUUCCCCUUAUUGAGUGUCUCAGGAGGUUUGUGCCGUUACUAUAUGUUUACCUUUAUAUGAAUAAAUGAUAUUGGUUCUUUUCUACUGGUAACAUUUCAAUAAUAAACAUUUUCCUGU